AUGGUCACCCCAAACAAUGUGGACGACAUUACCUCGUAUGAUCAUAACACACUGAUUUUUUAUGUGAACGGUCAUCGAGUGGAGGAGACUGGCAUCGAUCCAAAGACCACCCUAGCCGUGUAUCUUCGAGAUCACUUGCAUCUGACCGGAACAAAAAUCGGCUGCAAUGAGGGUGGAUGCGGCGCGUGUACGGUAAUGAUCAGCGAAAUCAAUCCUAUCACCAAUGAAAUACGGCACUACUCUGCGAACUCGUGCCUGAUGCCAGUAUGUGCUGUUUUUGGGAAAGCCGUAACCACGGUGGAAGGAAUCGGCUCGGUCGUCAGCAAGAAACUACAUCCAGUGCAGGAACGAUUAGCGAUGACUCACGGUUCUCAAUGUGGCUUUUGCACGCCAGGAUUUGUCAUGGCUAUGUACGCUUUGUUGCGAAACAACCCUACUCCAACGGUCGCCGACGUGAAUGAAGCCCUACAAGGAAAUCUCUGUCGUUGCACGGGGUACCGACCAAUUUUGGAGGCGUUCUACAGUUUCACCGUUAAUGACAACGGUGACAUGAAGGUGACCGAAACUAACGGCUGUGGUAUGGGCGAUAAAUGUUGUAAGGUGAAUAAAACCAGCUGUAGCAAUGGUGAGGUUCGUCGAGUUAUACUUAUUCAGUUAUACUCACUAAAAAAAAUUAGAGAAGACCCAAACUCAAGGAUUAUGGACGAGAUUGUAAAGUCUCUGCACAAGUCAUCUUUUGCAUAUCAUCACCAUGAAACAACGUGGUAUCAACCUAAGACUUUCAGGGAUCUUCUCGAGUUGAAGCGACUCCAUCCAUAUGCACGAUUUAUAUCUGGAAAUUCGGAGCUGGCAAUCGAACUUAAAUUCCGAUUUAUUGAGCUGAAAAUCGUCAUUAAUCCUCGUCAGGUACCUGAUCUACAUGAAGUGCGACUGGACGACGACGGAGCAUAUAUGGGCACAGCUUUGAGCCUCACAGAAGUUGAUAACUACCUUGUCAAAUACAUGGAAAGUCUACCUGGGGAACGAUGUGGAGUGUUCCGAGCAGUUCAUGAGAUCAUGCAUUGGUUCGCUGGAAAGCACGUAAGGAAUGUGGCUUCAAUCGCGGGAAAUAUCGUCACUGCCUCUCCCAUUUCCGAUCUGAAUCCUAUUUGGAUGGCAGCUGGUGCAAAGGUGGUUCUAGAGUCCAAUGAACGUGGAAUGCGUUCUCCUGUGAUUGACGAGCACUUUUUUCUCGCGUACAGAAGAGCUGCUGUGGAGGCCGACGAAGUCGUGAAAGCUGUUGUCAUCCCUUUCACUAAGAAGAACCAAUAUUUCCGUGUGUACAAGCAAGCCCAACGCCGCGAAGACGACAUCGCUAUUGUAACAGGAGCAUUCAAUGCCGUUGUCGAUCCGAAAACGCUCACUGUCGAAGAGAUCCGAAUUUCCUUCGGCGGUAUGGCUCCAACAACGAAGCUCGCCCUUGCCACCAUGAAGCAUUUGAAGGGGAAGAAAUGGAGUAAGUCUCUGCUUGAUGAGGGAAUCGACCUUAUAGCAAAAGAGUUCGUGCUACCGGCAGGAGUUCCGGGAGGAAUGGCCCGGUAUCGACAGGCUCUCACACUCAGUUUCUUCAUGAAAUUCUUCCUUGAAGUGGCUGAGGCGCUGGAUACCAAAAAUGUUGACAACAGACACGAAGUUAUCAGGAUCGGUCAAGAUGUACCUGAUGGACUCAUUGCGACUCAACUGUACCAGGAAGUACCAGCAGAUCAGAAACUGCAUGACCCCGUUGGCAGAGCAAUUGCUCAUGUCUCUGGGAGGAAGCACGUUACUGGAGAAGCGAUCUACUGUGAUGACGUUCAAGUGGCCAACUGCCUUCAUAUGGCAUUUGUAAUGUCUCCAAUCGCCUGCGGCACACUCGAGUCAAAGGAUUUCUCGGAAGCUCUCUCUAUGGAAGGGGUCGUCGGAUACAUCGACGCCGAAGAUGUGCUCAAAGGGAUUCAGAUCGGUCAUCACAACGAUACGCCAGUGUUUGUGAAGGAUAAGAUAACCUAUCAUGGCCAGCCUAUAGCGGCCAUCAUCGCACAAGACCAUGAAACAGCUCGACGUGCAGCUAAUGCUGUCAAAUUGGAGUACACCAGGGAUAAACCUAUCAUUUCUAUCGAGGUANCGAAUGCUUUAGACUGCCUUCAUAUGGCAUUCGUGAUGUCUCCGAUUGCCUGCGGUACGCUAGAGUCAAAGGAUUUUUCUGAAGCACUCUCUAUGGAAGGGGUUGUCGGAUACAUCGACGCUGAAGACGUGCUUAAGGGCAUCCAGAUCGGUCACCGCAACGAUACGCCUGUUUUUGUAAGGGAUAAGAUAACCUAUCACGGUCAGCCUAUUGCGGCCAUCAUCGCACAAGACCAUGAGACAGCUCGACGUGCAGCUAAUGCUGUCAAAUUGGAGUACACCAGGGAUAAACCUAUCAUUUCUAUCGAGACGAUUCUGCUCCUAAGUGAAGCCUUCUUUGAGGAUGCGAUUAAAGCGGACUCGUACCUCAUGCAGCCGCUUGUCAUACACUCAUCAUUACUGGAAAACGAAACAGUGGUAAAGAAUGACUGGAGCACUUAUGAUCAUGUCAUCGAAGGAGAAAUCAAUAUGGGUGGACAAGAGCACUUCUAUCUCGAAACGCAACAAUGUGUCGUAAUACCACAUGAAGACGAUGAACUCGAAAUUAUAUCAAGUUCACAGGGAAUAAAUGACGUUCAGGUGCAAAAACCGGUACGACUAACACUGGAACGUUACGAUGAUAUGGCAAUAAGUGGAACAAGGCAUCCAUUCAAGUUCAACUACAAGGUAAGGCCGAAAGUAAACGGCUUCGGAGAGUUAGCACUCGUUGCCUGCAAUUCACUUCGCUUGAUUCAGGUGGCACUGGACUCUUCUGGAAAAUUCCGUGACUAUUCUGUGACUGCAUAUGGCAACUGUGGUCACACAUUCGAUCUCUCACUCGGUGUUGUACAGCGUGCAAUGGUCCACAUUGACAAUGUUUACAAAUUUCCCAAUGCCGAUAUAGAGGGACGAUUAUGUAAAACCAAUCUGGCGUCUAACACAGCAUUCAGAGGUUUCGGUGGACCGCAAGGAAUGUUCUGCACGGAAACGUUGGUGAAACAUAUAGCUGAAGAGCUCAAUUUGGAUCACGACAAGAUUCGCGAAAUCAACAUGUAUGAAGAAGGUGAUUGCACACCAUUUGGAAUGCACUUACGACAAUGUAAUAUACGAAGAACAUGGUACGAAUGCAAAGAGGCCAGCAACUAUGAACAACGACUGAAACUCGUCAGAGAGUUCAACAGAUCGAACAAAUACAGAAAACGAGGCAUCUAUAUGAUGCCAACGCGAUUUGGGAUAGGGUUCGGUCUCAAGCAGCUAAAUCAGGUAAAGACGAAUCAACCACCACUGGAGUUUUUCUAA